GACAGCAAAUUUUCAAUUCAUUCAUGUUAUGAUUAUUCGAUUUGUUGGUUUUGUAAAUCUUGUAUAAGGCAAAGUAAAAUGGUUUUAGAAAGCACUAUGAUUUGUGUCGAUAACAGCGACUACAUGAGAAAUGGAGAUUUCUUACCGACAAGACUUCAAGCACAACAAGAUGCUGUGAACCUGGUAUGUCAUUCCAAAACUAGAUCAAAUCCAGAAAAUAACGUGGGCCUAUUGACUUUAGCAAAUGUUGAAGUACUGGCUACGUUAACUAGCGAUGUAGGACGUAUAUUAUCGAAGCUUCAUCGUGUUCAACCAAAUGGCAAUAUCAACUUGUUGACUGGUAUAAGAAUUGCUCAUUUGGCACUGAAACAUCGCCAAGGAAAAAACCAUAAAAUGCGUAUCGUCGUAUUCGUUGGAUCACCCAUUAACACUGAUGAAAAGGAGAUGGUGAAACUUGCUAAAAGGUUGAAGAAAGAAAAGGUAAAUUGUGAUGUUGUAUCUUUUGGAGAGGACUCUGAUAAUAAUCCUCUUUUAACAUCAUUUGUAAACACAUUAAAUGGUAAAGAUAAUGCAACUGGUGGUAGUCAUCUUGUCUCUGUGCCAGCUGGUGGUUGUGUUGUGCUAUCUGAAGCAUUAAUAUCAAGUCCCCUUAUCGGAGGUGAUGGAGCUGGCCCAUCUGGAUCAGGAUUAUCGCCAUUCGAAUUUGGAGUAGAUCCUAAUGAAGACCCAGAGCUAGCACUUGCUCUUCGUGUCUCUAUGGAAGAACAGAGACAGCGUCAGGAAGAGGAGUCGCGUCGUCAACAAGCAACUACUGAAGGAGAAACGGGAAAACCUGGAGAGACCCAGGACAGUGGUAUGGAAAGAGCUCUGGCUAUGUCUCUUGGCCGGGAAGCAAUGGAACUAUCUGAGGAGGAACAGAUUGCUUUAGCUAUGGAAAUGAGCAUGCAACAAGAAGCUCCAGCAGCAGAGGAAAACAUGGAUGUCCCGGAAGAGUAUGCAGAGGUCAUGAAUGAUGCUUUUCUACAAAGUGUGCUUGAAAGUCUGCCUGGUGUAGAUCCUCAAAGUGAAGCCGUCCGUAAUGCCAUGUCUACUAUUAAAAAGGAUAAGGAUGAAAAGGAUGACAAAGAACAAAAGGAUAAAGAUGACAAAGGGUCAAGUUCCAAAGAAAAGUGAAUAUAUUUUUCAAUUUUUUUAAUUGAUCCUUUAUGCUCGUAAACUUUAACAUUAGACACCACUGUUCUGUGUAACUAUCACUAUAAAUUUAUAAUAAAAUAUGAGG